AUGCUGAAAUUUUGUUCUGAUAGUUGGCUCUUCUGUUGCAGUAAUUUCAGCUCUACCAUAAUCAUGAGUCUAGCUUGUCUCGUAUGCCAUGGCAUGAGCAGCCCUUCACAGUCUUUCAGAAGCUAUUCAGUCUCAAGCUCAGAGGAGGAAAACAGGUGUGGAGCUGCUGUUGCCUGCCUAUCGCGGAAAAUUUUGGCUGCAGGACCUGCUAGCCGUGUGGGAACAUCAAAGGUGACACCUGUAAUGGCCACUGGACAAGGCAUCGAGGGUGCUCCUCGUCUUCAACGGAGCCGUGCUGUUUCAAGGGAUCUUGUCAGGGACUGGAACUUCGACGAGAUCGUUAUUGGGAACUAG